AUGUACGAGGAAUAUGAUUUCAUUGUGGUUGGAGCCGGUGUUAUCGGCCCGGCUUUGGCGAAGGGCAUGAGCGAUAGAGGGCGUAAGGUUCUCGUUUUGGAGCGAGACCUCAAUGAGCCAGACAGAAUCGUUGGCGAGCUGCUGCAGCCUGGUGGCCUCGAGUCGCUGAAGAAGUUGGGCAUGGAGGAGGCCGUGGAGGGCAUUGAUGCUGCGGUUGUUGAGGGUUACGAGGUGAUCUACGAGGGCGAACGGGUGCACAUUCCCUAUCCUGAGUAUUCGCCCGAUUUUGACCUGGCGAAAACGACGCAGCUCGGGGUUCCUGCCACGGGCCGCGGGUUCCACCACGGCAGGUUCAUUAUGAAUCUGCGUAAAAUAGCCAGAGAGCAGCCCAAUGUGACCAUGCUCCAGGCCACCGCAGUGGACGUGAUCAAGAACGAGGAGACUGGCCGGGUUCUUGGCGUGGAGGCGAUGGUCAAUGGCGAAAAAAAGCCGUUCUUUGGCACGAUGACGCUGAUGUGUGACGGCACCGCGUCUGCCUUCCGCAAGCAGUUCACCUACAUCAAGCCUGUGAUCCAGGGCUACUUUGUUGGCAUGGUUCUUGACGACGUGGACCUUUUGCGCCCCAACCACGGACAUGUUGUCAUUGGAGCCGGCCACAAGCCCAUCCUUGUGUACCAGACGACACCCACCGAGGCGCGGAUUCUGUGCGAUGUUCCGCCGCCAAUGCCCUCGGCAUCGAACGGCGACCUCAAGCGGUACAUUGAGGAAAACUGCCUGCCGCGUCUUCCCAAGCAGAUGCAACCGGCGUUCCGCAAGGGCCUAGACAAUAAAAAGCUGCGCAGCAUGCCGAACCAGUACCUGCCGGCCACAGUAAAUAAAACGCCCGGCCUGGUUCUGGUUGGUGACGCGAUGAACAUGCGCCAUCCAUUGACGGGCGGCGGAAUGACGGUGUGCUACAACGAUGCCGUGCUGCUGUGCGAGAUGCUGGGCCCGCAGUCUGUGAAUCUCGUCGACGAGGAGCAGGUGGCUGCGAUCAUGAAAAAGUUCUACCAGGAACGCAAAGCCAAGUCGGCUGUCGUGAACGUUCUCUCUGUCGCGUUGUACAAACUGUUCUCUGCAGAGACCCGCGAGCUCAAAAUCCUCCAAAACGGCUGCUUUGGCUACUUUGAGAAGGGCGGCGAGUGUGUCCGCGGCCCCGUCUCGCUGCUCAGCGGCCUCCUGCCCCGCCCCGCCGUGCUCUUUUACCACUUUUUCGCCGUGGCGUUCUACUCAAUCUACCUCAACUUUAUCAACAAGGGCAUUGUCGGGUUCCCCCUGGCUCUGCUGCAGGUGUUUACCGUUUUGUACACUGCGAUUGUAGUUUUCGUUCCGUUCUUGGUCCGUGAAUUGUUCUGA